AUAUUGUCUAUCAUUAAUUAGAAUAGUUAUCGUCAAAUGUUAAAUCAAACAUUAACAUCAGAUUUAUUGUAAUAAUAGUUAACAAUCAAAAAUAUAAGUAGUAUCGAUACACGAAAAUUGUUACGUUAUCGAUACUUAAGUACGCAAUUCGAUUAUUUACGAGUGUAGUUCUUCGAUGGUUAUACUUUAGAAAGAUAUGCGAGAUGAGGUCACGUGGUUUAUCUAUCAUGCAUUUGUUCAGUUCAAUCUGAACGUUUGAUCAAUUCGUUUGCUAGUUUUUACAUGUCUUGUUUGCUUGAAUAAUCUAUUUCGAAAUAUAAGAAAAAAAAUUUUCGAAUGAUCUUUCAUUAUAACGGUGAAGAUAGAUCAUUACAGUACUUAUUUCUAACGGAACAUGUAUACCGUAUCUAAAGGGCCUAGUAAAAUUGUAGCGAAGACUCGUAGAGGAAUCAGUCAGAAUCUAGAGAGAUUAGAAACUCUUCGUGAUCUAACAAGAAAGGCAGUUCCUGAAACUGAACAUGAAACCACCCGUCAUGUGCCAAAGCCAGUCUUUCACAUCAAUGGGAAGUCAAAGUUCAACUCACAGAGGCAUCAGAUGCAAGAAGUUAUAACACCACAGCAUGAAGAACUUAUUAAAUUUGUUUAUGAAUCAUGGAACCAAGUUAACACAAGACAAAGAAGUGAAUCCUUGGACGGAUCAUCAGAUUGCUCAGAACUUUCCAGUCCGAGUUCUAUAGUAUAUUAUAAUGAUGGAGAACCAAAUGAUAUUCUUCAAGAUUUCAAACCUUUUGACCUAGAAUCUUGGUGGGGUAAACGGUUAUUCAAUAAUAUCACAAAUUCGCUCUGAAAUACAAGAGGAUCGAAGAAUAUUCCAUAUUGAAGAAUUUAUUGGAUGUAGUAUGGCCAAUAUUAGCCAGUGCAACAAAUUAGCAAGAAUUACGUUUUAAAGACACUUUAAUCAUGGAUGGAUCUGAACUUUAAACAGUGUUAAGCUAUUGAGACAUUAAAAUGGACUCAUUAGAUUUUGUGCAACCAAAUUUUCCACCAUUACUAUUUCAUUGGCAUCGUAUUUUAGCAGGCCAGUCGUAAUACGUAAUGCAAUUUUGCACGAAAUAAUAUAGAAAUAAUAUUCUAUCAAGUGCUUCAAAAAUAUUAGAUUUUUACUCAAUAAAAUGAAAUAAAUAAGUGCUAUCCAAUAUAAAAAAAAAAGCGCUAGUUUUUGAUCUUUCAUUUUGUUAAUAGUAUAUGCAUUUGUGUUUACCUAUUAUAUUAUUAUGAAAUAUUAUAUUAUAUAUAUAUAUAUCAUAAUGACAUAUAAAAGGAUAGACACAUGACAUCAUUGCAUACAUAUUACAAUUUGCACAGUUUUAAUGAAAAAUGUGCUUGAGAACGUGCAAAAUCCUUUUUAACUAAAAAGAAAGAGUUGCAGUCUGAGUAGACAAUAACUAAACUGUAAUGCAAUGCAAAAUGCAGUUAUUAUUAUUCACUUCGUUAUCAAGAAAUAUUAAAUUUCCUUUAGGCUUUUAAUACAUGAUUAAAAUUGAGAAUGCGAUUAACAACUGCAUACCAAAUAGGGCUAAAGAAUUAUGUGUAAAUGAACCCUGAGUGGUAUGAAUGUUGCAUG